AUGGGGGAGACGGAGGCGGUUCCGGAGGGGGGAGCGGGGGCCUACCGGCUGAUCUGCGCUGCUCAGACCUACGACUGGGGACUGAAAGGGGAGGACUCCACCGUGGGGCGGCUCUUCUCGAGGAAUUCUGGCGCCAAGGUCGGCGUGGAGGAGCCGUACGCCGAGCUCUGGAUGGGCACGCACCCGUCGGGGCCAUCAUUCGUUGUGGAGGCGGCCGCCGGAAGGGAGGAGCAGAAGGGGACGGCGCUGAAGAAUUGGAUCGAGGAGAAUCCCUCUGUGAUGGGGGAGAAGGUGCUGGAUAGGUGGGGGGGUGAGCUCCCCUUCUUGUUCAAGGUGCCUUUCCAUCUCUCCGCUCCCUUCGAAUUUCCGACUUUCUGAAGCAUUCCAAUUCCAAGCUAAAGUGGGUGGGUUCAAACAAACCAUGGAGCAGGUGUUGUCCGUCGCGAAGGCUCUGUCGAUCCAAGCUCAUCCGGAUAAGGUCUUAGCGAGGAAGCUCCACGAAGAGCAGCCGAGCGCGUACAAGGACGGCAACCAUAAGCCUGAGAUGGCGCUCGCGCUCACCGAGUUCCAGGCACUGUGCGGAUUCGUCACCCUCGAGGUAUGAAGAUCGUGAAGAGCCCCUACUGGCAGGAAAAUCGUAAGAAAAUCUCACGGAAUUCAUGGUCUGUACAUGCAUAUCUCUUCGUUCCUGUAACUUGGAUGCCCGUUCUUGGAAGCCUGUACAUGCAUAGUUUCUAAUCGGCGGGAGCCAUGGCCGUCACCUGGAUGCUCUGCAAAUCUCAGGGCCAUCGUUGACCCCAUGGAUACCCUUCAUCUCUUCCCGAGCCGCUUCUGCGUACAUUAAAAUCCGAAGCAAAUUGAAACAGGACUUGCUCUGUUCUCUUUAUGCAAGUAAUUAAGUUAUAUUUAAUGAACUAUGCUGAUUCCUAGGUGUCAGAUGAACUGUGAAACUGAUAGUCAACGAAAUUGAUUAGACAGGGUGGUGUGAUCACAUGGUUAUAACCGGCCAUGGUUCUAGUUUAUUACUGAGAAGAAUAAUAAAUACCAGCUCUUGUAUUCUGAUGCAUGAAUUAGUAAAGUUUGGCCUUGAUAAAUGCGUUCACAUGCCCUUUGGUCUCUGGUUCUACUCCCUCCAUUACAUACUACUUGAUUUCUCCCCUCUGCUUAUUUACUAAUUAUAUCAGUUGCUAGUAUCUGAAUGCCCAUAAUAUUAUGAGACGAACGAGGUCAAAUUCUUGUGAAUCUGUGCCAGAAAUCAGUCGAAGAUGAGCUUCUACCUAUCUCAUCUCUGUCGGCUUUCCAUUUCUGUCUGCGGGCUGAUUUUCUAUAUUUAUCGGAGAAAAUUACAUUUCUUGAUGCAUCAAUCUCAGUGGUCUUGUUGUGAUAUCAAAUGAACGGAUGAUCAAGCAACAUUUGCUUCACACUAACUGUAUUUUUUCAAUGAAAUUAUAGAAAAAAAAUUUAUGGGCAGGAUUGCGUGGCAUGUUCUUGGUUCUCCAUUCCUGACGUGCUCUGCCUGCCCAGGAGCUCAAGAACGUUCUGAAAGAUGUACCCGAGAUUGCAGUUGUCGUCGGGGAUGAAGCCAUUGCCGAUGUUCUGGGCAUCGAAGAGCAUGAUGAAAACGUAAAAUCUGUGGUACAGUCUGUUUUCACCAAGCUAAUGUCUGCGAGUAAGGAGAUUAUUUCGGAUCUGGUGCUCAGACUGAAAACUCGCCUCAACACCGAAAAACAGGUAAUUUUCUUGAUAUCGAAUUACUUUUCUCAUUUCUACGACCUUUUUUUUAUGAUAUUUGAUCGCAAUCCUUCCAAACAAAAGACAGUUAAUUCAUAUAUAACCAUUUUUAUUUUUCCUCGGUCAUCAGAAAAAACAAAAAAAAAAACAAAAAAAACAAAAAAAAACAAAGAAAAACAAAAUAUUCCAAUACGGACUUCCAUUUUUCAAACAAUAAUUUUCUAACCGGUAUAGAUUCAAUCUUCCUUGCAUCCACAUAAUUUCAUAAAUCAUCAUAUACCAUAUUAGUACAAGCUUUCUGCACCGUACAUCCACCAUGUCUUCGAGUGGGCAAAUAAUUCAGGGGAUUAUUUUUAGCUUAUCAUGCCCAUUAAAAGAUGAUUAACCUUCCGUCUCAGGUUAGAAUGCUGACAGAGAAGGAACAGCUGGUGCUGGUGCUAGAGGAGCAGUACCCGGCUGAUGUGGGGGUCCUGUCUUCCUUCUUCCUGAACUACGUGAAGCUUAGUCCGGGUGAAGCUCUGUACCUCGGUGCUAAUGAGCCCCAUGCUUACCUCUCCGGGGAAUGCGUGGAGUGCAUGGCCACGUCGGACAAUGUCGUCCGAGCUGGCCUCACUCCAAAGUACCGCGAUGUCCAGACCCUCUGCUCCAUGCUGACCUACAAGCAGGUAUAUAUUUAAUUACAUAUGCAUCUAUAUAUAUAUAUAUAAGUAUUAUCGAAUCUAGAUGGAAAUUGUCUGCAUCCGUUGUCCCUCAUAAGUGUCCUCGAGGUUCUGUGUAAGAAGGCGAUGUUGGAAGAUUAAUAUAUGGGAUUAAUGGCAGAUUUUGUCUGGUGAUGACCAAAUUCCGCCUUGACCGCAGGGAUUUCCGGAGAUUCUGCGGGGGACCCCCUUGAGCGCCCACGUGUCGAGAUACACGCCGCCAUUUGAAGAAUUCGAAGUUGAUCGUUGCUCACUCCCCUCCGGCGAGGCGGCCGUGCUGCCCGCCUCUCCAGGGCCUUCUCUCGUGGUGGUCGUCGCCGGUGAGGGCAGAAUGGAGGCGGCGGCGGUCUCUGGCUCUCAGGAAGAUUACGAGGCGGCUGAAGGUUACGUCUUCUUCGUUCCUGCUGGGAUUGAGCUCCGUCUGACAGCUGGCUCCGCCGGAGAGCUGCUACUGUACAGAGCCGGCGUCAACAGUAAGCUGCUCCAGUAG